CAGUACAGACUGGAAGGAGGCAAGAAAGAAGACGUCCGGAUUUCAGGCGAUGGAAACGAGUUUCAUUUAAAUCAACUUAACACAGACACUGAUUUGUUAAACUCCGUGUAGACAGACAAGGCCUCGGUUACGUCCAAUACACGGCAAUCGAGUCUUGUCUGCUGCAAGCAACAACAACCUCGGUGGCGUGCCACUGAGCUCGAGAAAUUGCGUUCCCAGCUUCCGCCUGGCGCCGUAAGAAGUGGCUGAACACAAAAGAAAAGAUUGGCUUUAUGGUGGCUCUCCAGUACAGCUAAAGCGAAUUUGUUUGUGCCUAAAAAGCAUGAAUAACGCCUACAGUAAAACUUGGUUGUGUUAACAAACACCCUGGUGCAGUUUACGGCCUCAAAAGGGCCAUACUGUUUCCGUCUCUCUCUUCUUUUUUUUUUUUUUUUUUUUUAAGCUGUUCCUGCUGUAAAAUAGUAAAAUCCUUCUGAUAAUGACAAUGAUGAUUAUUAAACAGAGUGAACAAUUAUUUAAUUAUUUAAAAACACAUUUUUCGUUGUUGAACGAGACUACUGAGCCGUUGUGCUUUAUAUCUUCUUGUCUGUAAAUGUCAGAUGAAAAUAAACCUGACUAAAAUUGUUAAUGCUAUUUACUUGUUUUUACUUGAGAUUAAUUUUAAUUCAUUUUAUUUUGACUUUCAUUUCCGUUAGUCUAGGCUACAUAUAUUAUAGGAAAAGUCUUUUUUUGCAAAAAUAAUUUAUAUCAAAACGAUACAUAAAUGGAAUCCAUUUAUGGCCAAUGAUUGCCGAAUAAAGCAUACAACAUAACAUUUAUAAUAAUAAUAAUAAUUAUCAAUAAUAAUAAUUAGGUAAAUUAGUAGGCUAAUUUGCUAUAUUCUGUUAUUUCUAAUAGUAUUCGUGUUACGGCGACUUCAAUAGCCUAUUUAAUUGGCGCUUUUUAUUCUGUACCAAGUCACUUUGAAUGUCAUAGCUAUUUUGAUGUAGUCUUUUCGACUGAGCAGAUUAAUAUACAAUUUACAAAUUGUACAAAUUACAAAUCAUAUAUUUUUUUGUGGAAUUAAUACUUUGAGACAUUUGAAUCUUCUGUUUUGCUGCGACGUAGCUAUAUAUAUUUUGGACCUAUAUUUUGGACCUUCUGCAAUAAAUGCGAAAAUACAGUAUAUUCUGGAAAAUAAACUAGUCUUUAUAUCCUAAAGAACAUGCUUUUCUACUGGGAUGCUACUGAUAUUGGUAAUAUACAAGCAGUAGCCGCUUGCUGCUAACCAUGAAGUGAAAAUGUAGCUGACCACGGUAUAGCUUCCCAUGUGAUUCCAAGUCGUCAUGUACACUGUACUGCUAUUUUAUCUUAAUGGUUAGAAUAUCAAAACCAAAACCGCACCGCUAACAAGUAGAACACAUAUUAUGUGCACUAUAUGAAACAAGCCGUUCCAUAUCAAAUUCUUCUCGAUUUGUCGUAUAGAUACAGUUUGAAUACAUGCAUUUCUGACUCCUGUCCAUGAUGUUUAUCUGCAGAAAGGAUUGAAUGCAUGACAUUUUGUAAAUAACAAACCUUGGUAUUGUGCUUUAAAUCUUGAAACUAAACAAAUUCAGAGUAUAUAUAUAUAUAUAUAUAUAUGUAUAUGUAUAUGUAUGUGUGUGUGUGUGUUUUGUUACAAUUUGUAAACAUGCCCAUAUUUAUUUCUUAAUGUAGCUCGAUGUUUGUAUUUACAGGAGAGGAUUAAAAGCAAAACACUUUUUUAAGCCUACAGAAAUUCCUUACAUUUCUUUUUCUUUUUUUGUUCCAAUGGUCACGUGUGCACUUUAACCAAUCAAAUGGCAGUUGCUCUCAACUUAUUAGCUGAAUGGUGUUUUGUGAGGGGAAAGUUGCCUCCUCAUUUUCACAGAUUGUUAUUUUGAGAGCGUGUUACUGUAUGUGUGUGUGUGUGUGUGUGUGUUAGUGUUUUUAUGUGUGUGUAUUUACGAGAGUGCGUCCCGGCCAUGUCGACAUCCGGAGCUCUGACAGGAUAUUAUGUUGACUCUCUUGUUAUGCCGGACAACGAGGAGAAUAGUUUCUUCUCAGGUUCAGGACCCAGUCAGCACAGGCCCUCCGUUCUACCGACAGACCGUGCAGAGCUCGGUCCCUGCAUAUUCCCGGCAAAGCAACCCGUUUAUGGUGGCUCGGGUUGGGGCCACAUCCCAACGCAUUACUCCAGAGGUGUACCGUCAGUGUAUCAGCCGCAUACGCAACCACCAGUAGCUGGGGAUUACGUGCAGUCUUGGCUUUUGGACUCUGCAUGUGGGCUGCCACUAACUGAGGUACCGACGAUCCAUCAGCACUGUCAUGCCAAACCUGAUACAAAUAAAACGAAUGAUAAAGACACAGAGGCCAGUUCACAUUCCGUACUCCCUUCUGGAGUCUUCACUAACGGAGGAUGUUCUACCGAGACUGAGACCGUAUCAGGCCGGACUGCUGACAAGGGAGGCGAUGUAGUGGAGAAACCGGGCGCUGAUCCAGACAAUCCUGUGUCCAACUGGCUACACGCGAGCUCGACGCGUAAAAAACGAUGCCCUUAUACUAAGCACCAGAUCCUUGAGCUGGAAAAAGAGUUUUUAUUUAACAGUUACCUCACGCGCGACCGGCGGUACGAGGUCGCCCGUGUUCUGAACCUCACGGAGAGGCAGGUCAAAAUUUGGUUCCAAAACCGCAGGAUGAAGAUGAAAAAAUUAAACCAAGAUAUAAGGAGGACGACUAAGAUGCAAGUCGUGUAGGUGAGGAUGUGUGAAGAUCCAUCCCUGAAAUAAAAAAUGUAUUGUGUUAUUCAAGCAUUUCUUAAAGGAACAGUAGCCUACUUUGGGAUCCAGUACUUCGAUAAAAUGGAUUAGGCUAUUUGUUUGUCAUAAGUGGUUCCGAUUUUUAUAAAUACGACACAACUCUAUUUUUCAGACGUCGCCUAUGUUUAAAUACUCGCUGACGCAGUAUUUAAAAUUAUGUAUUUCACUUGGACCAAAUUUAUUAGUAAAUAAUGAACAUGUCUGAAAUAUUUACUGUUCCUCUUCAGUUGUCAGCAUUAUCAGUGUGUGUUUCGGGCCGCACAUUUAGAGUUUUCUAUGUUCGGUUCUGUGUUUCCAGGUUUCAGUUAAUAUACUUGAGGAGAUAUGAUAUCAUGUACUCUUAGAAAUUAUUUCGUUUUUGUAUUUGUCCUUAGAAAUUGUUUUGUAUUGAAAAUUGUGACUACAACACCUAGUCACUUUAGCCUACCUUUUUGUUUUGAAUCGACCAAAAUGUUCACGCCAUUAUCAGCCGAUGUGAUAUUGGGUGAAGUACGUGAACUUCAGGGAAUAGGCCAAGUAAAAAAAAAAGUAGUAAACACUGUAGGCAACUUUUCAAAUACCUCAUGGUCUGUUGGCCAUCUCAUAUUGUUAGUUUACUUAGUUUUUGUUUUGUUUGCUUACAUUUCUCAGAUGUAAUUUGUGAUUUUAUUUAUUGAAUAAUAAAAGUAUUUAAUGUCUUCAAACAAGUCUCCCUUAGAUUCCCUAGUCCUCGUGACCUUUUAAAUAACAAUUAAGUUGAGAACGAUGUAUUAAAUUACGUGUAUGUAAACAUUUAGCCUAAUUCUGUGAGUGUGUGAAUAUCUUGUAAUUUCCAUGCUUUUCAUAGAGUUGUAUUUUCAUCAUGGAAAAAUAAAUAUUUAAUUUACAUU